AUGGCAAGAGUAUCAAAAGUGGUUAAAAUCUCAGCACAAGAAUUGGACCGAGUAAAGCAAAAUAGAAAUGGGGUGAUAGGGAUACCAAGGAAGCAUAUGGAGGAGAAGGCAGAAGCUCUGGCAAGCCAAGAAGAGUGGGCAUCAUUCAUUGACAUCUUAGCUCUAUUGGUGUUUGGGACUGUGCUCUUUCCAAAUAUGGAUGGAUUAGUGGAUCUAGUAGCGAUCGAUGCUUUUCUUGCUUAUCAUCACAAUAAGGAAAGCCCGAUCAUUGCUAUGUUGGUUGACACAUAUGAUACACUCGACUUGAGAUGUGAGAAGAGCAGUGCGAAGAUCAUCUAUUGCACGCCCGCUCUUUAUAUGUGGUUAGUCUCCCAUAUUUUUCAUCAUGAAGGUGGACCUAUUUGUCCUGUACAAGGUCAUCGCAUGUGUGCCGAGAAAGGGAAAGCAAAUUGGGAAGAACUCUUGGCAGGUUACCCUAUGAGAGGGGAGCCAUCGGAAAAGAGUAUUGCGCCUUUCAUCACACGAGGUUCCAGUGACCCCAAUGCAAAAAUGCUUCAAAGAGUCCGAAAAGCAUGGAAGGCGGUGCAAAGAAAGGAUAAGGAGCUUAGAGGAAGCAGCAGCGGUGUCAUUGGCGGAUAUCAUAAAUGGUUGAAGGCUCGGACGCAAGGGAUAACUUGA